CAAAAAUUCAACGUCGAUUGUUGUUCUUCUCGCUCUGUGACAGAUUCUCGCUCUCUCUACAAACUGUCAGGUAAGCUUCUUCAAUUUUCAUCAUUAGAUCAAAUAGUUUCCUUCGCCUCAAAGGUUUGUGUCGAUCUGCGAUUAGAGAAACCCUAAUUUUCGAUCUCGUAGAAACUUCAGCUAGACUAGUAGGGAUCGAUUUGAAUCGCUAUAUCGCUGAAACCCUAAUUUCGUUAAUUUCUCAGAACUGUCGCUGACACAGUACAUAGGGUUUUAGGUUGAUUGAUGUAGAGGAAUGGAUAUUAGCCGGCGUGAAAGUAAGACGGAAGCAAGUAGUAGAGAGAAACGGAUUUAUGAGAAAGAUCAGAUGAAUCAAGAGUCUUUUAUUGAGGGAUUGGCAGAGGAGUUUCGGUUGCCAAUUACUCAUAGGGUUACUGAAAAUGUUGAUUUGGAGGAUGUGGAGCAAGCUUCGUUAGAUGUAAAGAUAUCGUCGUCGAAUGUCGGGUUUCGUCUUCUUCAGAAAAUGGGUUGGAAAGGAAAAGGUCUUGGAAAGCAAGAGCAAGGUAUAACGGAGCCUAUAAAGUCCGGUAUAAGAGAUCGAAGACUCGGUUUAGGGAAACAAGAAGAAGAUGAUUAUUUCACUGCAGAGGAAAACAUCCAGCGGAAGAAACUUGAUAUCGAGAUUGAGGAGACUGAGGAAAUCGCAAAGAAACGGGAGGUCCUAGCAGAACGUGAGCAGAAGAUCCAGAGCGAUGUUAAAGAAAUCCGUAAAGUCUUCUAUUGUGAACUAUGCAGCAAACAGUAUAGAACGGUGAUGGAGUUUGAAGGUCACUUGAGCUCAUACGAUCACAACCAUAAGAAGCGAUUCAAAGAAAUGAAAGAAAUGCACGGAGCAAGCGGCCGCGAUGAGAGGAAGAAACGAGAGCAGCAACGUCAAGAGAGGGAGAUGACUAAAAUGGCUGAUGCUCGCAAACAACAUCAGAUGCAACAGAGCCAGCAAGAAGUCCCAGAGAAUGUCCCGGUUUCUGCACCGGCUAAGACCACGGUUGCACCACUUGCUGUCCAAGAUCAGCGAAAAACAUUGAAGUUUGGCUUCUCUUCUAAAAGCGGCAUUAUAUCAAAGAGCCAACCCACAAGCAGCAUCAAGAAGCCGAAAGUAGCAAUCGCGUCCGUUUUCGGGAACGAUAGCGACGAAGAUUAACUUUGCUACAUUAUAUGAUCAGAAACAUUGAUUGUACUUUAUGUAAUUCUACGCUAUGGUUCCUUUCACAGAUUUUAAAACAGAAUAUAAAAAAUUAACAUUUGUCUUCAAUUUUAUUCAUAUGUUUGUUUGUUAAAUCUUAAAUACUCUUUGUCUAUACAUCAAUCUAACCGUUAA